GUUUCUCCUCAGACUGACGAUGGCCGAAGCCCAGCUGUUUGUAUCACAGUAUGAGUUCACCUGCUCGGUGUGUCUGAACAUCCUGACUGACCCCGUGUCACUGCUUUGUGGUCACAGUUUCUGUCUGAAGUGCCUCACUGACUGCUGGGAUCAGAGCCAAGUGUUCAGCUGUCCUCAGUGCAGAGAAAUCUUCAAUCUGAGGCCGCCACUGAGAAGAAACACUGUGCUGAAUGAAAUCGUAGAGAAACUAAAGAAGACAGGACUCAGUUCUUCUCAGAAGUAUGCUGGUCCUGGAGACGUGGAGUGUGACUUCUGUACUGGGAAGAAGUUCAGAGCGGUGAAGUCCUGUCUAACCUGCUUGGCCUCCUUCUGUCAGCCUCACCUGCAGCCCCACUAUGAAGGAGCCGCCUGGAAGGACCACAAGCUGGUUGAUCCUGAUGGAAAUCUGAAGAGGAAACUCUGUGCAAAACAUCAGGAAAGUCUGAAAAUAUUUUGCAAAACUGAUGAUUCGUGUAUCUGCAUGAUGUGUGUGGUGACUGAACAUAGAGGUCAUGAAAUAGUGGAGUUGGAGACAGAAAGAGAAGAAAAAGAGAAACAGUUGGGGGCAACAUGGAGAGAAAUCAGGAGGAGACUUGAGGAGAGGGAGAAGAAAAUGAUGGAGGUGAGAAAUGUGGUGGAGCAGAUAAAAAUAUCUGUGGAAAGAGAAGUAAAGGAAAAUGAGAAAAGCUUCAUUAAUCUGAUCCACUGCAUUGAAGAAGCUCAGAAGAACUUGUUUGAGAGGAUGAGAGAACAAGAGAAGAGAGAAACAGAGAAGGCUGAAAGAGUCAUGGAACAACUAGAGAAGGAGAUUGAGGAGCUGAAGAAGAGAGACACUGAGCUGAAGGAGCUUUUUGACAACAAGGAUCACGUCCACUUCAUGCAGACUUUCUCAUCUCGCUGUGUCCUUCCUGCUGAUGGAGACUCGCUCAGCUUCACUGUCACUGCUGAUUUCUCUUCUGAGGACCUGAGAAAUGAGCUGUCAUGUCUGAAAAAGAGUUUGGAGAAGAUCAGCCAGUGGGACAUCAAGACAUCGACUUCGUCAGGUACAGCGUUGGACUCUUGUGGUCUCACCUCGGCCUGCUGCUCAGCUCUCUCCUCGGUCCUCUCGUCUCCAAACUCAUGGCUGACAUAUCUGAACCUGAACAACAACAACAACCUGGGAGAUUCAGGGGCUCGUCAGCUGAGUGAGGGUCUCAGGAGUGACAACUUAUGUCCUCACAAAUUCCCAGUCCAAGUGGUGCACCUGCCCAGUAAGGUCACUCUGAUUCUGGUCACUAAGUGUCAGGGCCUCUCCCAGUAG